AUUGCUUUGCCCGGAGUGCUUGGAGAGAAGCUGGCUCAGUUAGCGAAUAUAAUUGUAACAUAGACUCCUGGAGGUUAAAAAUUGGUUAGUUCAUCCAGCCUUGUAUGUCAGUUUGUCUGAAUACUCAUCUUUCCACAAUACAGAUAACGAUGACGUUGACGAUGAAUUUGAAGCUGGAGCGAUCCCCCUCUUUCUUACGCGCUGACCCCACAUGUUCUGCGCUCCUUUCGGCUAACGACGGUAUAUAUACAAGGAUCAGGAUCCGCUCAGCUAUGUAUAUCACCAACAGCAGCUUGAUAGUAUCGCGUUGCGUUGUGUCGAUGUCGAUUCCUCUGCGACAUUUCAAUGACAUGUCGCGAAUCCACCAUGUCGUCAAUGUAGCAUCUCUUCUUCGCUCACGCCAUGCUGAGCGUAUGGCGCAAUUUACACAGUCUCCACAUUCCCAUACCAACCAGACGACGCGCAUAGCUCAGAUGCAAGUUGAUGUGGGACGGGGGGAGAAAAGCAAUAUGGACUACAGGCAUACCACUUGUUGCAUCCUGACUCUGAGGUGUUUGCGAUUCCCUCUCCACUCUUCUCUUGGAAGUGAAACGGAAUUACUGGGUCGAUGUGGUAGAUAUGCUCACGCCGCAGACUUGCGUCAUGUUUAACUUUUCUUCCUUCAGGCAUCUUCCCAUUGCGUUUCAAACAUGGGUUAUUCGUCGCUCUAGCAAUCAUGUCAUCGGUAUGAUUCUCAUUGGCAUUUAUCAUGUUGCUAGUCGAUGACGAAACGGAAGACUGCGAUGAUGGUAUUGAUGGAGACGGCGAGAGUAAAUAACACGAUCGAUGCGUUUGCC